GCAGCCGUUGGGGGCGGAGCCUGCGCGCCCCUCCCUCCCCGCACGCCCCGCCCGAUCGCCCUGGGCUAGGGGCGCUGGGGGCCCUGCGAGCGCCGCGGGUGCCCGGGAGCCGCUGGGAGUCCUUGUUUCCGCUCCCGCCCAGGACUGUGCGCUCGGCUCGCGGCGGGGUCCCGCGGGCGCGGCCUCAGCGGGCGACAGCCGCCGCAGACGAGCUGCGGGUUGGUUGAUUGGUCCCCACCUGCAGACCCCCCGAGUCUGCACUCGCACAAUUUGCUAGUCAUAUCCUUUACAAGUUUUCGUACGUGGUCACGCCUGUAAUCCCAGCGCUUUGCGAGGCCGAGGCAAGAUGUUCGCUUCAGCCCAGCAGUUUGAGACCAGCUGGGGCAACAUAGCUCUGUUGCCAUGAAGGUGAAGAUUAAGUGUUGGAACGGCGUGGCCACUUGGCUCUGGGUGGCCAAUGAUGAGAACUGUGGCAUCUGCAGGAUGGCAUUUAACGGCUGCUGCCCCGACUGCAAGGUGCCUGGCGACGACUGCCCGCUGGUGUGGGGCCAGUGCUCCCACUGCUUCCACAUGCACUGCAUCCUCAAGUGGCUGCACGCGCAGCAGGUGCAGCAGCACUGCCCCAUGUGUCGCCAGGAAUGGAAGUUCAAGGAGUGAGGCCCGGCCUGGCCCUCGCUGGAGGGGGCGUCCCGCGGCCCCUUCCUCAUGCUGGCGCUGAUGGCUGCGGUAGCUGCUGCUGGGGACAGCGCCCCUGGGCUGUAACAAGGUGGAAACAAGGGCUGGAGCUGUGUUUGUUUUCCCAUCACUAUGUUGACACUUUUAUCCAAUAAGUAAAAACUCAUUAAACUACUCAAAUCUUGC